UCGGGAGAGAGAGACAUGGUUAGGCAACUACUACAGUUCCUUAGAGGACGGGGAAAUCAGCGGGCCGUUAAUCCCAAAGAAGACCCCGAAGAAGGCACGAGAUAUUUGGCACAAGGGACACCAAACCCGCUCGUCUCCCGCUCCCUCACCCGCCAGAAUCCCUGCCCCGUCUUUGUGAGGUGCCCAUUGGCUCAGUCUCCAGCCAACCAGCAAUCGACGCUCCGCCUACAGCCGGGUAUUCUAGCACAACUGUCCUUUCAAACUGGCACAAAGCGAAGGGUCGAGGUUGUCCGCGGCAGUCGCCUGAGGAGAGAGAUUUAUUCCAGUUCCAGCUCCCCACUUUCCAAACCCUAUACCGCACCCAUCCCAACCGACUUGCCCUUCCCGGAUUUCUUUCAGCCAGCUGUAUCCGUGGGAAAUGUUGGCCAGCUAGCUGUAGAUUUAGUCAUUUCCACCCUUGGCAUGUCCAAAGUUGGUUAUUUUUAUACGGAUUGCCUUGUGCCGAUGAUUGGAAAUAAUCCAUAUGCAACAACAGGAGACAACACUGCAGAGCUGUGUAUAAAUGCUGAAGUGUAUGCAUUGCCUUCUAAACAGCUGGUGGUUCUACAGAUCAGAUCACCAUUCAUAAAGAACAAAUACAGGCCUUUCUGUCAAACACUCCUAUCCUGGGUGGAAAGCUGCAGAUUUGCCAAAGUUGUUCUUUUGUCCAGCAGUCAUGCUUACCAGCGCAGUGAUCAACAGCUUUUUGGCACCCCAUUGCGAUACUUGCUUUCACCUGCUGUUCAGAAAACAGAUGAAGAGCUAAUGCAGAAACUGAACUGGAGAGAACUGGAGAAAAUAGCAGCUUUCCCUGGAGUAAAUGGUGAUGAAAAAGUGCUCUACAUUCCGGGAAGUGGUAUCACAAAGCUAUUGUUCACUGAGAGCUGUUCAAAAGGAAUUCAAAUGAUAGUUUUGUUGAAGUUUUGUUCAGAAGGGGAUAAUAUUCCUGAUGCACUCGCUCUUACUGACUACCUUAAUGAGUGGCUUCAGCUAACUGGAAACCAGCAGAGUAGCAGUUCUCCAACUAAAUCUUCCAGAUGGAAAAUACCAAGUUCGUGGAAAUUAAUCUUUGGCAGUGGACUGCCGCCUGCAUUGUUUUAAGUCUGUUCCUUUUAUAGUCUACUUGUAUAAAACCAGAGUUUUCUACAUUAGACUCAGAUAUGAGUAGCAACAAUUGUGUGUAUUUUUAUAUGAAAUGUAAUAACUUGUCACAGACAUUAACAUAUACUGGAGCAAUCUAAACUGUACAGUGAAAAUACACACAUUGCACACAAUAAAUGUACUUGCUCGUUUAA